AUGAGGCCUUUUUAUUCUGGAUCUGAGAAGAAAACCCACCAGCCCCAUUUUCUUGAUUCUUGUUUUCUUUGUCACAGACAACUGAACCAAAACAGUGAUAUCUACAUGUACAGGGGAAAUACACCAUUUUGUAGUCAAGAAUGCAGGCAAGAGCAGAUUGAAAUGGAUGAAGCUAAUGAGAAAAGAUUGAAACUUUCUUCAAAGAGAUCAAAUGGGGUCAGACAAAACAAAGAUUCAGCUAAAGAAUCUGAGACCAGCAAAGGUGUAAGAACAACAGGCACUGUGGCUGUGGCCUAA